AUGGGGGAGGAAGUGAAGAUGACCGACUACGAGGGCAACGGAGGAGAAAACGACCACGACGGUGGGGACGACGCGAGGGUCACCGAGUGGGAGAUGGGUUUGCCGUCUGCCGAUGACCUAACCCCCUUAUCUCACCACCUAAUUUCCCCGGAACUGGCGUUGGCCUUCAGUAUCUCGCCGGAGCCGUGCCGGACGCAGGUGGACGUCAACCGAGCUUCCGAGGUGACACUCUCCAAUCUGUGCGGCAGCAGUGGCGGAGGGGGGAGCGGCAGCGGGGGCAGCGGUGGCCAGUUGAACACUCUCUCGUCGAACAACAACUUCAAGCCCUUGAACGACGACCACGACCGGGGGACGACGGCCAGAGACCCGAUGUUGGUGGAACCGGAGGACAACGGCGGGGCGGACCGCGACGGAUCCGGAUCCGAGUCUAGGAAGAUGAGGAAGCUCGAUUCGGAGGAGGCGGAUUCGGUACUCAGACCCGAGAAUUCCACUGACGAUCCGUCGGCGAGGUCGCUCAAACGCCCCCGCUUGGUGUGGACUCCGCAAUUGCACAAGCGAUUCGUGGACGUCGUGGCGUAUCUAGGGAUUAAAAACGCCGUCCCCAAGACUAUUAUGCAGCUGAUGAACGUGGAAGGCCUGACGAGGGAGAACGUCGCUAGUCACUUGCAGAAGUACCGACUUUAUCUCAAGAGGAUGCAAGGGCUUUCCAACGAGGGCCCUUCGCCCUCCGAUCACCUUUUCGCCUCGACGCCGGUGCCCCAGAGUCUGCACGAGAGUGGCGGUGGCGGCGGCAGCGGCAGCGGAGGAGGAUCUAAUUGUCCGCCGCCGCCUCCUCCUGCUGCUGCUCCCACUGCUGUUUCUUCCGCUAAUGGUCAUUUGCCAGUUCCGAUGCCGGGGCCGUAUCAUCAGGCUGGGGCCGGCGCAAUGAUGCCUGGCCCUAUGUAUGGCCAUCUGGGGAUGCCGCAGAUUGGGAAUAACCAUCACUACCACCAUUACCACCACCACCAUGGAUUUGAUCGGAAUGCUCCCCCGUACAAUAUGCUGCAGCAGCAGAAGGAGUGGAGUGGGAAUAAUUACGGGUCCGUCGUCUCUUACCCGCAUCAUCACCCGCAUCAGGUUGCUCCUAAUGAUAACAUGUGA